UGGCCCUCCUUGAUUUUGGCAGGCGUCUGUCCUUGUGGAGAGUUGGGUUUAUUUGGAAAACAGGGAGUUGUCAGGCGGAAGAGAAGACUUGGCUUAGCAUUUAAAACCCCUUACUUUAAGUGUACUGUAUGCAUCUGUUGAAAGCAUAGCCUACAGUAUAACUAACUAGCCUAUUUCAAACCGAGCUAACUAUGCAAAAUAUAUGUUGACGCGAACUUUUCAUCACAGCCGUCCCACUGGAAAAGCGCUGAAGUGCUGUCAUUGCGAGACUGCAUUUCUUCCCAUCUAAAGUGGUACUUCUGGAUGACUAGCGUGGACAUCAACUGGCAAAACGGAUCGUAUCUUUGCAUAUAUUCCGCGCGUUCCCUCUAUCCACAGGACAGUAAGGUUAGGCAUCUGACCGUGUUAUUUUUGUAAAAUACAUACUCGUGUAGCCAGCAGACGCGUCCCUCCCGGUGGGUUCUUGUUUGGAGGAUGGAGACGAACCCCAUUCCCGUGGUAACGGUCCAAACGAGCCCGUUUGAUGACCAGCGGCCUGGUACCAACGGACUUAGGCGAAAGACAGCGGUGUUCGAGGGCAAGAAGAACUAUUUGCAGAACUACAUUCAAAGCGUGCUGUCGUCCAUUGACCUGAGGGACAGGCAGGGAUGUACAAUGGUGGUGGGCAGCGACGGACGCUACUUCAGCAGAGCCGCCACCGAGAUUAUUGUGCAGAUGGCCGCGGCCAACGGGAUCGGCCGACUUGUGAUUGGCCACAAUGGUCUCCUCUCCACCCCUGCUGUGUCCUGCAUCAUCAGGAAGAUCAAAGCCAUUGGUGGAAUAAUCCUAACAGCCAGUCAUAACCCAGGGGGCCCUGGGGGAGAUUUUGGAGUCAAAUUCAACGUGGCCAAUGGAGGCCCAUCUCCAGACACGGUCAUGGAGAAGAUUGCCCAGGUGAGUAGGACCCUGGAAGAGUACGCCAUCUGUCCCGACCUCCGCAUUGACCUGGGCAGGCUGGGACGCCACGACUUCGACCUGGAGAACAAGUUCAAACCCUUCAGAGUUGAGAUAGUUGACUCAGUGGAGGUCUACCUAAACCUGCUGAGAACCAUCUUUGACUUCAGUUCCAUCAAGAGCCUUCUGACGGGACCAGAACAGCUGAAGAUACGCAUCGAUGCCAUGAACGGCGUGAUGGGUCCGUACGUGCGUCGUAUCCUGUGCGACGAGCUGGGGGCCCCGGCCAACUCUGCCGUCAACUGUGUCCCCAUGGAAGACUUUGGGGGACGGCCUCCAGAGCCCAACCUCACGUAUGCAGCCUCAUUGGUCAAUGCCAUGAAGGGUGGAGACUUUGGUUUCGGCGCUGCAUUCGAUGCCGACGGGGACAGGUAUAUGAUCCUGGGUGAGAAUGGUUUCUUUGUGAACCCGUCAGACUCCUUGGCUAUCAUGGCUGCCAACCUCUCCUGUAUCCCGUACUUCAGACAGAUGGGAGUUAAAGGCUUUGCUAGGAGUAUGGCUACCAGCACUGCCAUAGACAGGGUAGCCAAGGCCCUGAAGGUGGCGCUGUAUGAGACUCCUACAGGCUGGAGGUUCUUUGGGAACCUAAUGGACUCAGGGAGGUGCUCGGUCUGUGGAGAGGAGAGCUUUGGGACAAGUUCAAACCACAUCCGUGAGAAGGACGGCCUGUGGUCAGUGCUGGUGUGGCUUUCCAUCAUGGCUGCCAGAAAGCAGGGCGUGGAAAUGAUCGUCAAGGACCACUGGGCCAAGCUCGGACGCAACUACUUCUGCAGAUUUGACUACGAUGGUGUGGACCCCAGAGUAGCCUUCUAUCUGAUGAGAGACUUGGAGGCGGUGAUCACGGAUAAGGCCUUCCCCAGCCAGAAGUUUGCUGUGGGCAGUAACGUCUAUUGUGUGGAGCGCGCUGAUAACUUUGAGUACAUCGAUCCUGUGGACGGAACUGUCGCCCGCAACCAGGGUCUGCGGAUUGUCUUCACGGAUGCGUCCCGCUUGGUCUUCCGUCUGAGUGGGAGUGGGGGAAGGGCUGGGGCCACGGUCCGGAUCUAUGCCGAGAGCUACGAGAAAGACCCUGAGAGACAGAACAGAGAAACACAGGCCGUGCUGGGUCCCCUCAUUGCCAUUGCCCUGAAGAUCUCUGACAUCCACGAGAGGACCGGUCACCGAGGCCCCAGCGUCAUCACCUGAGCAUUGCUCCGCCACACAUGCUUGUGCAUGUACGCGCGCGCGCGCACACACACACACCCGCACGCACACA